AUGGCCCUCCCAGAUCUGCACUCCAUCAUAUACCAUCUCAAAUUCCAAACCUUCAUACCUCCCUCUACUAAGUGGACCAUCUAUAAUCAGGUUCUCCCAACCCAACACCAACGCUCAGAUCAGCCUGGCCCAACUCAACUGCCGCCCAUAACAUGCGCCGAGAUCGUGUUCGGCACUUACUGCGAUAGCAUCGAGGAAAGAGGUGAAGACGUCAGCCGCCUUAAUGCGCACGCUGUCAUAUUUGUAGGUGAUUUUGAACUUGCUGUGGGUUGGAUCGAUGGUGAUUCCCGAGUCGGCGGUAAGGGUGACGUUUGGUGGAAGUAG